UUUUUCCUGCCACAAGGUAGCCCGGCCUGGCGUCUUGCUGUGGGAAAGCUUUCAUUGAAUUUUCAAUAUUCCUUCAAAAUUUGAUCGCGGUCAAUGGCAAAACCUAGACCUUGUGGGUGUAAAGGAAUACGCACUUGCCUAAUUUGUGAAUCGGAGUACGGAGCAACAAAGCUGCAAAAUGAGGAUGAUUUCGCCACUGCUGUUCAAGAAAAUUCCACAUUUGUAUACUGCCCAAAAUGCUCUGGGAAAGCUUGGUCAGGAUGGGAUGAAAAACUUGUCAUGGAUGAACACCCAAACCACUCAGGAAUAUCAAUAAACUACCCAGGAAUUUACAUUGAUAUGGACUUUUUGAGUUCAAGUGAGGCAGAAAUUUUAAGCAAGGGAAUCGAUGAAACGCAUUGGGAUCUAUCUCAGAGUGGCAGAAGAAAGCAGAAUUUCGGGCCUAAGUGCAACUUUAAAAAGCAAAAAAUUGCAGUUGGAAGUUUCAACGGCUUCCCAGAGUUCUCCUUGUUUGUACAAGAAAAAUUCAAGUUGGUGCCUAUCAUGGAAGGCUUCCAAACCAUAGAGCAGUGCACCCUUGAGUACAACCCUGAUCGUGGCGCGUCCAUUGAUCCGCACAUCGACGACUGCUGGAUUUGGGGCGAAAGAAUUGUUACUGUCAACGUGAAAGGUGAUAGUGUCCUUACAAUGACAUAUCUUCAGGAGAAAGACAGAGUUCGAUAUAAUUUGUCACUGGCUCCCGCAUCCUAUCUACAAUUUGACGAAAGUCUCAGUAAUGUGAUUGUGCGAAUACCUAUGCCAGAGAGAUCGCUUUUGGUCAUGACUAAAGAAGCUAGGUACCAGUGGGAACACAGAAUUUUGAGAGAUGAUGUUAAGGAGCUGCGGUUAUGCCUAGCAUAUAGAGAGUUUACACCCCCGUACCUCCAGGAGGGAGAAAAUUUUGGUCCUCGCAUCCAAGAAAUUUAUGAUUUAGCCUCUAAAAAAGUUACUUUGUUAUGAU